CUUUCCUACAUUCAUCUCUCCAUCUGUCAUCGGUUUUCGGACGUAACAUGGCAGGAAACAAUUCCUAUACUAUUGUCGAAUAUUUCGGUGGGGAUGAUGGUUACCGCUGUGGUUACUGCAAAAAUGAAAAGGGAAACUUUUCUCACGGUAUGUGGUCUCACAGCUUGACAGUACAAGACUACCAGGACCUCAUAGACAGAGGAUGGAGAAGAAGUGGAAAAUAUGUUUACAAGCCCAUAAUGAACAAGACAUGCUGUCCGCAAUAUACCAUCAGAUGUCAUGCUGUGAAAUUCCAGCCUUCCAAAUCUCAUAAGAAAAUCUUGAAGAAGAUCAAUACAUUCAUUUUUAAAGGAGUAGUACCAAAAGAGCAUGAAACUGUGGAACCAAUGGAUUCAGUGUGUGAAGUUGCAGGUCCUCGAGAACCAAGUAAAGGAAUGGAGUGUGCUAUUACAGACAUUCAAAAGGAAGUAGCAGAGUGCCCACAUAUCACAAAAGUUGACAGGAAUGAGGCAGAUGUCACACCCACUGUCUCAGAGACACCUAGAAAAGAGCCAGGCUCUGUCCUGGAUGGCAGAACAACAGCCGCAGCUCCUAAACCUGGUAUAGGAGUAGAUCCCAACCGACCCCCUUGUCGGAAGGCCAAAGACUUGAGGAGAGAGCGGCGUCAUCAGAAGGAGCAGAUGAAACAUAGCAGUGUUGGAGCCUCAUCCACUUUGACCAUUAGCCCUCCUACUCCCACUCAGACCAACCAAACCAAAACCCUGGAAGAUUUUCUCACCGAGACGUGUCCUGACAGUUCGUCUCAUUGCCUGGAGGUGAGGUUAGUGCGCGCCAAUCCCCCUUGCACGCAGUUCAAAGCCUCUUUCGACGCCUCCUACCAGGUGUACAAACUCUACCAGAUGGCAAUUCACAAGGACCCUCCUGACAAACCCUCCGAGAGCCAGGUGAGGCUAGUACCAGUCAGCUUUGAGGACCCCCAAUUCACAGCGUCCUAUCAGCAGUCUGUGGCGCUGUACACCCGUUACCAGAUGGCCAUUCAUGGGGAUGACCCCAGCGAAUGUAGUGAGAGUGAGUUCCGGCGAUUUCUCUGCGAUUCACCAUUAGAGGCAGAGUACUCUGUUGAUGGGCCCACGAUGGGUUAUGGCUCCUUUCACCAGCAGUACUGGCUAGAUGGCCAGAUUGUGGCAGUGGGAGUGAUCGAUAUCCUGCCUUCCUGUGUGUCGUCCGUCUACCUGUACUACCACCCAGACUUUGCUUUCUUGUCUCUGGGAUCCUACUCUGCUCUCAGGGAGAUUGCUUUCACAAGGCAGCUACAGAAACAGUCCCCAAAGUUGUCCCACUACUACCUGGGCUUUUAUAUUCACUCCUGUCCCAAGAUGCGGUAUAAGGGACAGUACCGACCUUCAGACCUACUCUGCCCAGAAACCUAUGUCUGGAUAACCAUUGAGCAAUGCCUUCCACACCUGCAGAAUUCCCGAUAUGCUCGUUUCAACCCGAAUCCUGAUGAAGGAGAUGCUUGGGUCUUGAAAGACGUGGGCAGAGUUCUAGUGCUACACAGACGGACCAUCAUGCCCUACACAGUCUAUUGCCGCAAGCAGAAAGGUUCCAGUGAUGAGACUGAGGUGAAAGAAUACGCUAGCUUGGUUGGCCAGAACUGUGCUGAAAGGAUCUUGCUGUACCGAGCCUAACCCUGAAGAAUCACACAAAUGAAGCUUUGAAAAUUCACCUUCCAGCGACAGUCUGUCACUUAAACCUCAUUUCAACAAAGCAGUACAAUAGAGGUUCAGUACAGUACAGAACAGAUCAUUUUCUUGCAUUUCCAUUGUAAAGUUUUGUGAAUAAUUUAUACUGUACCAUUUUUUUAAAAAAAAUCUUCUUUAAGCAGCCUGCCAUAGUUGCCAACCACAGUAGUGCACUAGUCAUGAUUUGGUCAAUUGAGCAUCAUUACUUUAAUGGAACAAUGGGAAUGGAACAUUUUUAUGCAACAGAGAUCGUCUUCUAGUAAACACACAGAUGCCAUUAAAAUGAAGAUGCUGGAUGUUUUCCAUUGUUCUGUUUACCGUGUCAUGGUUGACAUCAUUGAAUCCAUUGAUUUGUUGCUUACUGAUGAUACGUCACUCUUAUUUGCAUUUCUAAUGCAACGAUUGACUUUAUUAUCAUACCUAAUAUUAGCUAUCAGGAUGGGCAUUUAAAAUAAUUUUUCUCUUUGAUUUAUCUUGAACCCUUGUGAGGAUAAGCGGCUCAGAAAAUUGAUGGAUGGAUUUAUCUUGAGUAAUUGUCUUUUUGAUUUAUCUUUACUUUUUUUAUCCAUUGAUUUCAGAUGUCAGAAAAUGCAAUCAACAAUAAUUUUUUUAUUGCACCAAGGAAUUAGACUACUCACAGUAAGUUGGGGAUGUAGAGCUAAGCAUCUGCUUUUCAGCUCCAAGAUCGAGAACAGCAUAUUGCGCACAAUUUACUGAACCAUUGAAGAGUUGGACAUGUCCUGUUUAUUCAGAGAUUUAGAGGUCGCAUCAAGUUCACCUGUAAAGAUUAUAGUCCAUUUUAGGUUCAUCAUGUAAUUGCGCCCGAAAGCUGAAUAUCCUUAACUUUUUUGGAGUAGUGUAUGUUCUAAAACAGUUUAGAAGACAGGAAACCACAGUGUGGCACAAUGCGCAUCAAUGGAGUGGAGCCUGAGACUCCAGGCUUUCAAUCAAAUGAAGAAAACAACUUUAAGAUAUUGGAGCCUUAUGAAAGUCAGUCCAUCAGCUCAAUGCACCUGCUCACACAUGCACUAAGGGCUGCAGGUUUUUAGACAACUGAUGUACCCACUUUCCAUCACUUAAUUUGGUAUGCGUGGUGUAUAUUUACAAUGCAAUAUUUACAAUGGACAUCAUUGUUUUCUAUUUUAAAAUGGUCCUUCAAACUUUGCUCUAUUUAGCAUCAGCGCUGCAUUGUAGGCACGGCUACCGUUUGUUUUCACUUUGUGUUUCCAUUCCUUCUGCAAUAAGCAAAGUAGUCAGUCCUGAAUUGUUUGAGCCCUCUUCUGGUUGGUGUAGUAAAAUGGACCGAACCAAAUGAGUUGCAAACUGAACUGCACUGUACUAUUUCGUGGAAAUGUGGGUUUUGGGUCUGUCUUUGUGACUGAGCUUUCUGCUGCCUCUGUCAGUAAUCUCACUGUGCUGAUCUCUUCAAGCAAUGGAAUUGCCACUCAUGUAAUCCUAUCCAUAUAGCCCUUCAUCUCUAGCCCUCACUCAUCAGUUACUGUAUGUCCUUCUUAUAUACUGUAUACUAAAUGUGUGACCUCGCAGUGAUCAGUCCCUUAAAUAUACUUUUGAUACUGUAUACUUGAAUAAUGUUGGAACUAGAAGCGUGCAUCCACACCGCUUUUCGAGCAUUUCCACUUAUUGCUGCUGGAGGAGCAACUAUCUUUUGAAUUUCUUUUACAGUUCAAAGUAUCUUUUUAAUUACUACCAUUACAUCCCAAAACCUCAUUCUCAUGAUAAACCACAUUGUGAUAGCGUUUUUUAAACGUCAGCCCUCUGUAUUUAUGUCCAUAGAUGUCUGUGCUUUUCUUUUAAUAUUGACAGCUAUGUUAAACAAAUAAAGAGCUGUAUAUUGCA